AUGCACCCGCAGCUUCUCGAACAGCUCUCACAUCUUGCCAACAUGUGCAAUCGCUCCGGAAUCCCAAGACAUAGUACGCCCCAGGUGCUCGAUCCGACUUCUCUUUACUGUCACGAAGUCAAGGCUUGGUCCAUCCAGGAUCUCCAAGCCUUGUCCCAUAGUAUCAAUGCUAGGACACCUCACGGGGAAAGGGUUUUCACCCUAGAUUACGCUGUAUUCUGUGUAAUUGGCGAAUACAGCGUAAUUGGCGGACUCAAGGCGCCAGAAAAGCUGGAUUUUGCGUCGCUAUCAAACAGUCGCAUCGCUGUUCAUGGAUUCUCUCGGCCUCCCCGACUCCCGCAGAUCGAUGCACCCGGUAGCCGCGUCCAAACCCGACUGGACAAGAAUUUAACUUGCUCAUUGUUGAUAACUUUUAUAACACCUGGUUUCACCAAUUCUCCUGAUUCACUGCGGCUUGAGUACAGAUUCCGUCGAUGGAGUGAUCUACUUUCGUUGUUCGGAACCAUGUUGGGUAUCGACAUGGAGCCCGGCCAAAGAAGUGCUUUCCGAAGACCAGAAAACCACAUACCGUCCCGGAUCAAGGGGUUCAUCCUCGUCCAUACAGUACUGAAAGCGAGCCGGACUUGCGCCGCCGUCUUUCACUUCGGCCCUUUGGCGCUCGCUCUGGAUUUAAUGGCCCGAGGUCCACCCACGUCGCAGGCUGAGUCCUGA